AUGACAAACAUCGAGCUGGCCCCAUUCUUAGAGACAGACCCUUCCCAAGAAAGCUCAAGGGAUGGUAACAAGCUUGAUAUUGUUGUCGUGGGUGCAGGCCUCGGCGGCCUCCUCGCCGCCAUCGGCCUUGCACUUGACCACCAUCGAGUGACAGUACUCGAACAAGCAGCAAGCUUCGGAGAGGUUGGUGCCGGUAUGCGCAUCCCGCCCAAUUGCUUCAAGAUCCUUCGCCGAUGGGGUGUCGACACGACAUAUCUUAAAAAGACGCAUUCCAAUGGGAACCGUUUCCUGCGAUACGACAGCGGCGCAUUGCUGGCCGAUAUGCCGCACGGAGUUCCAGAACUGGAUUUUGGCGGAAGCUACCUAAUGGUGCACCGAGCAGACUAUCAUUCCGUCUUGCUACAGAGAGCCCUGGCCCUCGGAGUUUGCAUAAAAGCCGGAUGUCGCGUGGAAGGUUAUGACUGGAACGCCCCGGCGGCCAUUGUACAGGGCGGCGACAAGGUAGCAGGCGACCUCCUCGUCAUUGCAGAUGGCGUUCAAAGCAGCGCGCGAGCCGAGUUUCAAGGACACCCAUUACCACCAACUGAUACUGGUGAUGUCGUGUACCGGAUACUGAUUCCUGGCCAAGUCUUACUCGCAGAUCCAGAGAUGUGCAGUCUCAUUUCUGACCCGUGGGUGACAUCUUGGUGUGGCCCAGAAGCGCAUGUAAUCGGAUACCCUGUGCGGGGAGGCGAAGUCUACAAUGUAGUCUUUUGCUGUUCUGAGAAGUCGAUGCAAGACUCGCUUUUCCAGCCCGGAGAGACUAAGCUUGUUAUCUCGGAUAACUCGGAGCUUCGUCGACGUUUCUCGGGGUGGGAUCCACGGGUGGAAAAAUUGAUUGAAAAUUCGGGAAAGGACUUCCUGAAGUGGCGUCUCUACGACUUGGAUCUCGUGGACAACUGGGUUCACCCGAGUUCUAAAGCUGUUCUACUCGGCGACGCAGUUCACCCAAUGCUUCCAUACAUGUCAUCUGGAGCGGCAAUGGCGUGCGAGGAUGCAGCAGUACUCCGCAAGGUGCUAUCUGGCGAGUCCAUCUCCGAGCUCAGUGAGGCUCUCGCAACCUACCAGAGUCUGCGCCAACCAAGAGCGUCCAAGGUUCAGAAAGCGGGACGAACGCUUCAAGAUGCAUAUCAUCUGCCUGACAGUGAGGCGCAGCAGGAGCGGGACGUGUGGAUUACCAAGGAUGAUGAAAGGAACCCGAUAUUCUGGGGACACAAAGCUAGAAGAGAUUGGCUGUUUGGACACGAUGCAGAGGAUAUAUAA